AUGCGCCACGAACCUCAUCUCUUCCGACGAUCCUCAGUCUUCGCUGUGACUACCUCCGCCAAAUCUCCUGAUCAACCUUUGUCGCGACGAUCUAUUUUUCAACCAGAACAAACAAUCAUAGAAGUGAGUAAAAGAGAUUUACCUACCAGGGAAAUCCGGUGGUUCUUCAACUACGCUGUUGGUGCUGAGAAAUCCAAGAAAGUUAUGCGAGAGGAGAAUCAGCAGUGGAAAGAAUCAGUUGCGGAGAGGCGAUUCUUGAAGAUGGAAGAAGGUGAUAAUACAGACAAAGCUGAGAGAGCUGAAGAUGGUGAUGAGAAGGUCGAAGAGGCUGAUAGAUAG